AUGGCAAAAGACGGUUCCGGAGAUGACUCGGUGCCCGAAGCAUACGAGCUCCCUUGGGUAGAAAAGUACCGGCCCCGAAAGCUGGAGGACGUAGUUGGCAACUCAGAAACAAUCGAUCGCUUAAAGGUCAUUGCUCGCGAAGGAAAUUGCCCCCACAUUAUAAUAUCCGGCCUACCUGGAAUUGGAAAAACGACUAGCAUCCACUGUCUUGCCCAUACACUAUUGGGUGAUUCCUAUAAAGAAGGGGUCCUGGAGCUCAAUGCAUCCGAUGAAAGAGGCAUAGAUGUUGUGCGAAAUAAGAUCAAAACCUUCGCCCAAAAGAAGGUCACCCUCCCGCCUGGCCGCCACAAAAUAGUUAUACUUGACGAGGCAGAUAGCAUGACUGCAGGCGCUCAACAAGCCAUGCGUCGGACCAUGGAGAUUUACUCAAACACAACACGAUUCGCUUUAGCGUGCAAUACUUCCAACAAAAUCAUCGAACCUAUACAGAGCCGAUGUGCCAUCCUCCGUUACUCAAAGCUAAAAGAUGCCGAGAUUCUGAAGCGGUUACUUGAGAUAUGCGAACUCGAAAAGGUCGAAUACAAUGAUGAGGGUAUCUCGGCGUUGAUAUUCACUUCCGAAGGCGACAUGCGGCAAGCCAUAAACAACUUGCAGUCUACCUGGUCUGGAUCUGGCUUCGUCAGCAGCACCAAUGUUUUCAAAGUGUGCGACCAGCCACACCCAAUCGCAAUCCAGGCAAUAAUUAGGGCAUGCCAGAAAGGUGAUAUUGAUGGCGCAAUGGAAAAGUUGAAGGAUGUUUGGGAUCAGGGCUACAGCGCAAUAGAUAUUAUCACGACAAUAUUUCGUGUGGUCAAGACAUUCGAUGAACUUCCCGAGUAUACGAAGCUUGAAUUCAUCAAAGAGAUCGGUUGGACACAUAUGCGGAUCCUCGAGGGUGUGGGGACAUUGAUCCAGCUUUCUGGACUCUUAGCACGUCUUUGCAAACUGAAUAUGAAACCUGAAUUAUUCAAAGUGUAAUCUUGUCGUACUAGAUAAAAGCCUCGCGCUGAGUGAAUACAGAAUUCUAUUAUGACUUCGGGAACGGUCUAUCUUGGUCUCCCUAUGUCUCCGGGAGUUCAAUUUCAAUAUUUCCGCUCUAAUUCUGCCGUAACUUGACGCUUCUCU